CUCUCUCAUAACCUCAUUCUUCAACCAGCCACUGAAUAAGUGUGGUUAGAGGUUUAUAAUCUUUCGAAUUUAUAGAAUCUUUGUUUUAUAAUCAAAAUAGGUGGCUCCAUUCUUUUCAGGAAUUAUUCUUUUUUAAUUAAAAUGGGUCGUAAAAAUCGUUUCAGAAAAAACCACCAUUUCAAUCACAAUAAGAAAGCCGAUCAAGAGCAAGGCAAGCAAAAUAAUGUUGAUACUCGAAAACCCUACUCUGAUAUAAUAAGAGAAAACGAAAAGUUUGUGGAAUACUAUAAACAUCUAAAUGUAUGCAAAGAAGCCGAAUUUAAUGAUUUCAUAACGUGUUUAAAAACAGAUCUCCCUGCAACAUUUAGAAUAACAGGAUCUAAAGAAGUUGCUUGCAAAAUAUUGGAAAUUGUUGAAAACCAACUCAUAAAACAUUGCGUUAAUGAAGUAGAAGGAACAGAAAAACCAAAUAUAUUUCCUCUUCCAUGGUACCCAAAUAAAUUGGCUUGGCAAAUGGAAAUAACCAGAAAAGAUAUAAGAAGAGUUGAGGCUUAUUAUAAACUUCACAAUUUUUUGAUAUCUGAAACAGAAAAUGGUACAAUUUCGAGACAAGAAACUGUCAGUAUGAUACCUCCUCUAUUGCUUGAUGUACAAUCUCAUCAUAAGGUAUUAGAUAUGUGCGCAGCUCCUGGGUCUAAAACUGCACAACUGCUAGAACUUCUUCACGCAAAUGAAGAUCCUAUACCAUCCGGUUAUGUUAUUGCUAAUGAUAUUGACAAUAAACGCUGUUACAUGUUAGUACAUCAAGCCAAACGACUAAAUUCACCAUGUGUUGCUGUUAUCAAUCAUGACAGUGCUAUUUUGCCUAAUUUAUUAACUACUUUGCCUGAUGGUGCUAAAGAACAGGUAAAAUUUGAUAGAAUUCUGUGCGAUGUUCCAUGUUCUGGAGACGGUACUUUAAGGAAAAAUCCAGAUAUAUGGAUGAAAUGGACAGCCGCAAAUGGAUUAAAUUUACAUGGUGUUCAAACGAGAAUAUUAAGAAGAGGCGUUGAAUUACUAAAUGUAGAUGGAAAAUUAGUAUAUUCGACUUGUUCUAUUAAUCCCAUUGAAAACGAAUCUGUUGUACACAGAAUUUUAAAAGAGUUUGAUGGAGUACUAGAAUUAGUUGAUGUGUCCAGCGUUUUACCUGGUCUCAAAUAUAUGCCUGGUAUGGAAGAUUGGUUAGUGUCUAGUAGAAAUUUGGAAUUCUAUAAAACAUUUGAGGAUGUAGACGAAAAGUGGAUAACUACUAUUAGACCUCAGAUGUUCCCUCCUAAGCCUGAAGAUAGAGCGAAGUUCCACCUCAAUAGAUGCAUCAGAAUAUUACCCCAUCAACAAAACACCGGUGCUUUCUUCGUAGCGGUCUUCAAAAAACUGAAACCGACUCGAGAAGAACCAACCAAAAUGGAAACGGAGACCGAAGAAGUUUCCGACGGUAAUAAAAAACGCGAGCAUGACGACAAUCUUCCACACAAUCAAAGAAAAAAGAGGAAAAAGGACACUUACAGAGAGGAUCCUUUCGUAUUUUUCAAUGAAAACGAACCGGUGUGGAACGACAUCAAAAGUUUCUAUCAAGUGUCAGAUAGUUUCGAUUCGAAAUGUUUAUUGACGAGAUGCCACGUUGGAAAGAAGAAGAAUAUUUAUUUGACUUCCGAUGCAGUUCGAAAUUUGGUAGUGAGUAAUCAAGGGACAGUGAAAUUUAUCAAUACUGGAGUUAAGGCGUUCGUCCGAUGUGACAAUAAGAAUAUGAAAUGUGCAUUUAGAAUUGCCAACGAUGGUCUGGAGAGUAUAUAUCCCUAUAUAGGUAAUGACAGAAAAGUAGAUAUCCCAAGAGACGAUUUAAUAAUACUUCUAAUGAACGAUACCCCACAGAAAUCGCCGCCAAUAGCAAAAUUAUCCGAAUCUGUACAAAAACAAGUUGAAAAUUUAAGUCCGGGUAGCUGCGUUCUUAUUUAUAAAGAAGAAACAUCGGCUAGUACUCCGCUAGUAAUUCAUAUAAGCGGUUGGAGAGGUACUACUUCGUUAAGAUGUUAUAUGGACAAACAUAGUACCGUUCACUUGUUAAGGCUGUUGGGAGGGGACAUUUCGAAAUAUGACGUGAAUAAAUUCAAAAAAGCUGAAUCGGAAGUACAAAACGAGAAUGACAGCGACGCUGACAGCAGUUCGAAAACAUAGAGUUUUGAUAAGAUUAAAAUGUAUUUUUUUAAUUACUAAGUUUUAUGUACAGUUGAGGAAAUUUUAAUUAAAACUGUCUUUUGAAAGUUUGUAUUUUUUUAACGAUAAACAGAAAUGAGAAUUUUU